CUAACUACCGGAAUGUUAGCGGUAACAUUUUAGCUCGUCGGUUUUGCUUUAGCUCCGGGUCGGAGGUGUCCUUUUUAUGUUAGAGGCUCAGUGUUUUUCUUGUUCGUCUCCCGGGCCUGGAUGUAGCUGCCUACACUGUAGCGGCGGUUGCUACUUUCGGAUGAGCGGGCAGUAGGUCUCGAAGAGUUGUAGGAUGGAUCCAGACGGUGGGGCAGAUUCACAAAAAGCUGUCAGUUUGCAGUGGAAGAGCUACAAACUCGUCCAGGACCCAGCCAUUCGCCGGGUUGCACAGAAAAUCUACAGAUAUGAUGGAGUGCAUUUCAGUGUGCCAGAUUCUGGGUUUCCUCCUGUGGGUGACCUGCGGGACCCAAGACCCCGGAGACUAUGGUCCAGGUAUACAGAACUGUCCCUGCCAGUGCCGAAGUUUAAGCUGGAUGAAUUCUAUGUGGGUCCCAUACCCCUCAAGGAGGUGACCUUUGCUAGACUCAAUGACAACAUCAAGGAGCCCUUCUUGGCAGAAAUGUGUGCCAAGUUUGGUGAGGUGGAGGAGAUGGAGAUCCUUUUUCACCCCAAGACCAGGAAGCACUUGGGUCUGGCGAGGGUGUUGUUCACCAGCACCAGGGGAGCCAAGGACACAGUCAAGCAUCUACACAACACUUCUGUCAUGGGUAACAUCAUCCAUGCUCAACUGGAUAUAAAAGGCCAGCAGAGGCAGAAGUAUUAUGACCUGAUAGUAAACGGGUCCUACACUCCUCAGACUGUUCCCCUGGGUGGCAAGGCUUUGACAGAAAGGCUCCAGCCUCAGGCCCCAGCGCAGCCACAGCCUGACACGUCAUCUGAAAUCAGGCGGAGGCUCUCCAGUGAGCUUGCAGUUUUGGCAGCAGGGGUCCAGGCCCUCACAUCAGGAAGUGCCACUCCUUGCUCUGGGGAUACUGGUUACAGUGACCAGCGUCUGGACACGCCCCCCUCCUCCAUGUCAGGCCCCUUCACACCAGGCUCCGCUGCUUCGUCUCAGGGAGGGGGUGGAGGAACACCUUACAGCUCCAGAUCUGGAACUCCUUUCUCGCAAGACUCGGGCUACAGUAGCGGCAGGCAUUCAGGCUAUAACACUAGCACUUUGAGCAGCGGCUACCCUCCCCAGGACAUGCUACCUUCCUCCUCCUCGUCCUCUGCUGUGUCAUCGACUGUCGGAGGAUAUAAAAUGUCCCGCUACUCUGAGGAUGCACAGGAACCUGCAGUGUAUCAUCGAGGUCGCCCUAUGUACCCCCCAACCACAUCAUACCGUCCCAAUGAGCCGCCGUGCUACCCCCCAUACCCCAGUGUAGGAGGUCCAGGGCCACACAUUGCACACCACUCCUCAAUGCCUCCGCCACCUCUUGCCGCCCAAUAUGAUCAACCCCCAAUGUCAGAUCGUGAUCGUGACAGAGACUCAGGGGGUCGCUAUGGGGCAGCGGGGAUUAGCUCCCGAAGGUCAUCUUACCACCACCAGCAAGAAACAAACUCUUCCACAAAAUACCAUUCCCAUCACUCCCAUCACCACUCAGAUCGCAGGGAUGACAGGGGGUACCGGCGGGACAGCCUGGGCUCCCGACCGGGUGACCACAGCCACCAGAGACAUCGCAACCACCACCAUUCUCACAACCACCACGGCAGCAGCAGCCGUAGAAGGAGCAGCCAUGACCGGGACAGGGAUCGAGACAGAGAUCGGGACAGAGACCGGGAUAGAGACAGGGACAGAGACAGUGACUACUCCAACAGCUCUGACCCCAGAUACAAUUCCAAUUCCUACCGCUCCUCCUCCAACAGCAUGUCUCCUCCCCCCUCGUCUUACUCGGCGUACUCUUCCUCCAAAGAGCCCGCCACAGCCCCUCCUCAGGGACUGGAUGCUUCCAACCGUCUUGGGGGCACAAUCCUAGCAGAGAGGGGCUCCCUGCCUUCUGUAGGUGCUGACAAGGACUACCACGCUGGUCACCAUAGCGCUCUGCCUCCACCUCCCCCUCCGCCGCCACCUCCCCUCCCGCCAGCCUCAGUAAUAGCAGCAGCUGUAGCUGAGACAUUGGGAACACUGGACUUCAAUCAGGACAGUCCGGCCCGCGAGGAGCAGUGGACAAAACCCAAACGCCGUCCCAGCACCCCACCCGCACCGCCGAAGACGCCCCCACCUUCCUCACCGCCCCACCCCUCCGUUGCUUCUUCCUCUACCUCCCCUUCCUCUACCUCCCUCCCACAUCAUCUUCCCUCCUCCUCCAGCUCCCCACCGCCCCCUCAGCGUGACUCCUCCUCCCCAGAGCCAGAUUCCACAAAUGAGAGUUUACCGUUUGUCUACCACAGCAGCAGCCUUGACUCUCGUAUUGAGAUGCUCCUAAAGGAACAAAAGGCGAAGUUCUCUUUCCUCGCCUCUGAUGAGGAAGAUGAGGAAGACAGGAAAGAGGAGAAGCAGAGGGGUGUACGUGGGGACGGAGGAGAGCGAAGAGGCGGGUCAGGUGAUGUAACAGGGGAGCAUACGAGUGGUAAUCAGGUGGGAGACAGUGGGGAGAAGGACCACAGGAGGAAAGGGGAAAGAGACAGAGAUGGUCACAGAGGAAGGAAACGGGGAAAGGGGGGAGAAGGUAGGAAGAGUCCCACUGUACUUACAGCAUCCAUACCUUCCUCUUCCACCUACUCUUCGCACAUCCUGCCCCCAGAGGAGCCCCAGCCCCAGGUUGGCCUCACUGGGACUGGAGCUUUGCAGGAGGAAUCUUCACAGGCUGGAUCUGCUGAUACACAGAGCAGGAUAGGAGCACACACACCACCAUACAAUGGACAGAGUCAGUCCUCCCCUCAUUCCUCAGGGGAAGACAUGGAGAUCUCAGACGAGGAAGAGAUGGAGACUUCCAUAACAACAGUGACCACCCACCAACCCUCAGUCACCUCAGUUUCCUCACCCUCCUCAUCCCAGGCUGCCAUGCCUUCACAAACAACAGACCCCUCAUCCUCGCCUCCACCCAUCUCUGACUCUGCACAGCACUUUGGCUCCUCCAUGCACCCUCCUAUACCCUCCUACCCCCCUCAUUUGCCACCUCCACCUCCCCCUGGUUACUCCCUCCAGCCCCCACCUCCCCCGGGGAUCCCUCCCCUGCCCCACAUGGAGCUGCACCCCGAGUAUCCUCCCCCCAUGCCCCACCACAUGUAUGACUAUGCCACGUCCAUGGAGCUGAUGAACCAGUACAGCGGUGGAGCUCCUAUGUCUUUCCAAAUGCAGACCCACAUGCUCAGUCGUCUACACCAGCUGCGCAUGUCGUCAUCCAACGGCACCCCGGGCCCUGGUGAGGCAGCUACUGCAGACUACACCUCCUACCAUCUCCACUCUAUGCCGCCACCCCACACACACCACCCGUACAUGGACCAAGAGGGGAGCGGGGCAGGUGCUCAUUAUGACCAGGACCACCGCUACAUGCCUCCUCACAUGCCCUACCCUUACGCUGACCCCCACAGUACUCAAAUACCACCCCCUCCACACCAUGGCAUCCCACCGCCCCAUACUGGCUGGCCGCCACACGUCCUACCACCACACUACCCCUCUUACAUGCCCCCACCUGGCUAUGGCACCAUGCUGCCCGGGGAGGGACACCAGUACAGGGCUCCUGGGGAGGAGAUGCCUAUGCUGGCUGAAAAUCCACAUGAAGCCACGGUGCAGAUGGUCCUGGCCACUCUGAUCCAGGAAAUGAAAAACAUCAUGCAGAGGGACCUGAACCGAAAAAUGGUCGAGAACGUUGCUUUUGCGACUUUUGACGAGUGGUGGGAGAGGAAAGAGACCAAAGCCAAGCCUUUCCAGACCAUGGUUAGAGGGGUGUCUGGCUUACGGGAUGAUGAGAAAAAAGAGGAAAAGGUCAACCGUCCUCGGGAGCCUCAUAUGUCUCUUGUGGAUUGGGCGAAAAGCGGUGGAAUGGAGGGAUUGUCUCUCCGAGGAGCACUACGACUGCCUUCCUUCAAGGUGAAGAGGAAAGAACCUCAGGAGCUUGAAGAGGGAGACAUGAAAAGGCCGCGACCCUCGACCCCACCAGAUGAGGAUGACGAAGCUGCUGAGGGGAGAAUACCAGAGGCAAACAGACAGGGAGCAGAAAGGGACAAGAGGAGGAAAAAGAAGCCAAGAAAUCGCAAACCCUGGGAGCUUGACAGCGAGGGAGAGGAAACGUCUGAUGGCUCCUCAACUGAAAAGGAGGAUGAAGGGGAAAGUGAAAAGGAGUCUGAUGACGAAGCCCUUAGUGCUGAUAGUGAUGAUGAGAGCCUCUCCUCGUCCUCUGAGGGCUCUUCCUCCACAGCAUCCUCAUCCUCAUCUUCCUCUGAAGAUGAGGAUGAGGAGGAAGGAGAGAGGGCUGAGAGUGAAGGGCCAGACACCAUGGAUGAUUCAACCAUGGACAGCACAACUGAGAAAGAAGAUGACAGGGAAAAUAACACAGCUGCUGUUUCAAAGGCUGAGGCCAAAACAGGUGAAGCCAAGGAUAGCAAGCCAGAUACGACAGCAGCACCUGCCAAGCGCCCUCCAUCGCCCCCAUACCCACGUCCUUCGUCCCCUGUUGUUCUUGUUCCCCCUCUCAAGAAGCGCAGGAAGACUGUCUCAUUCUCCACCAGCGAGAACGACAGCAAAGCGCAGCUAUUGCCUGGACCACUAUCUCCAUCUCCCUCACAACCGGCGGGUGAAUCGCCUCUCGUCUCCCCCAGCAGGCCCCCAGACUCUCCCAUCACUGCUUCCCCAUCCCCCUCAGCUCGUCCCACCUCAGGCAUCCAACUGCUCCCCUUUGCCUCCAAACCAGGUGAAGGCAACGCCCUCAUUGUGCCCCCAUCUGCACGAACCCAAGAGCCUGAUGAGUCCAAAAAGGGACCACCUGUGUCUCCUCAGAUCACCCCUGUCAAAUCACCCUCAAAGCGGGGUACAGGUAAAGACUCCCCCAAAUCUCCCGUCCCUCCCGUUAUGGUGUGUCGCACUGUGCAGAACCUACCAUUGGACCACGCCUCUAUGUGCAGGAUGGCCUUCGAGGAGGCCCCUCCUCCACCUCCAGUCAACAAGCGGUCCAGAGGCAGGCCUCGGACGACCAGCUUGUCUGCGUCUUCCUGUCACUCCCUUAGAGAGGAAGAUGAGGAUGAGGAAGAAAGUGAGCAGAGGUUGAGACUCAGGGAGCAGUUGGGCGCUUCAAGCCUCUUGCAGCUUGCCUCAGCUUCAACCACUGACCUGUCUGUGUUGGCUGACGUAGCCCUGAAAAUGGACCCUGAUGCUGGAGACUCAGAGGAGACGGAGACGUCUGAUGAGGCAGAGGAGCAGAAGAUGGAAGAGGAUCUCUUCUCCCCAGAGUCACUGGCACUGGUUUUGAGCCCAGAGGGUGUAAUUGUCCUUAUGGAGCACAACUACUGCAAACCCCCAGUUCUCUCAGUACCAUCCAGUACCAAAAGGACUUCCUCCAAACAAGACUCUGUUUUGCUCCCAACAGACCUCAACACUAUCUCUGGGGUGCUUGAGGCACCAGAGGAGGUCAUCGGAGAGGCGCUACCAUCCAGAGGAGAUACAGGAGAAUAUUUACCUACAACAGGAGUGCUCAGUGAGACUGAGGACAGGGGCCAGGCUGCAGUUCCAUCAUCAAAGAAGAAGAUCAUGGUGGGCAAAGGUUUGGAACUUGAACUUGAAAAGGAUGCGAGCAAAAAGAGGAGAAGAAAAGACAAAGAAAACCUUGAGAUUCAUCACACAAAGCAAGAGAAGGAGCAGCCGGGCAAGAAACAGAGGAAGCGGAAACUAGAGGACUCUGAGGAAGAUGUGGACGUGGAGGAGCUUGAGUCCGGCGAACUGUCCAGCUCAGAUACAGAGGACGAGAUGGUUGAGGAUUUGAGGAAGAGUGAACGCCUCUUUCUGCAGGAGGCUGGGGUAACGUCGUCCCAGCGCUGGCCAAAGCCUGUCACAACACCCGAGCCACCAGCCAUCAAGUUUGAGAACCGUAGCGAAUUUGAGCAGAUGACCAUCCUGUAUGACAUCUGGAACUCAGGUCUGGACAGCGAAGACUUAGGUUUGCUGAAGAAGACUUAUGAGAAGCUGCUACAGGACGACCACAGCUCUGACUGGCUCAAUGAUACACACUGGGUCAGCCAUACAAUAACCAAUUUGCCAAACCCUCGGCGAAAGAAGAAGAAUGCAGGUGGACAGCUUCGUGAGCAUGUGACCGGUUGUGCCAGAAGUGAGGGCUACUACGCCAUCAGCCGCAAGGAGAAGGACGUCUACCUGGACUUGGACCUGCCCGAGCAGGUCAUACGGGAGGUGGAGAAUGUCGAUAUCUCGGGAGCUAACCGGGUAUUGUCAGAGAGACGCUCAGAGCAGCGCCGCCUCCUCACCGUCAUCGGCGCUACAGCUGUCAUGGACUCUGACCUGCUCAAACUCAACCAGCUUAAGUUCCGCAAGAAGAGGCUUCGUUUUGGACGCAGCAGGAUCCACGAGUGGGGCCUGUUCGCCAUGGAGCCCAUUGCUGCUGAUGAGAUGGUCAUUGAGUAUGUGGGUCAGAACAUCAGACAGAUGGUGGCUGACAAUCGAGAGAAGCGGUAUGCACAGCAGGGCAUCGGGAGCAGCUACUUGUUCAGAGUGGACCAUGACACGAUUAUAGAUGCCACCAAGUGUGGUAACCUGGCCCGAUUCAUCAACCACUGCUGCACUCCAAACUGCUACGCCAAGGUUAUCACCAUAGAGUCCCAGAAAAAGAUUGUGAUCUACUCGAAGCAGGCCAUCGCCGUCAACGAAGAGAUCACUUACGACUACAAAUUCCCCUUAGAGGAGAACAAGAUUCCUUGCCUGUGUGGAACAGAGAACUGCCGUGGGACACUAAACUAGUGGACGCGCUUUUCUCCCUCACUUGCCAACGGUCAGCCAGAUCUGGACGCCUGCCUGGUUCACCUGUGUCAGAGUGUACCUCCAAACAAAGCCACCCUUUCAACCCCCUCCCCUGUCCUCACGAUACCCAGGAAACAGAGACACACACACUUGCACUUUUCAUGCACACUUUUCAUUCACUUGGCAGUCUCACCAGCCAGUGCGUGAGGGGUUUGUGUCACCUGGCAUGUGAAUACAGUGAGGGUGGGGGCGCUGCUUUGGAAUUAGCUCUCCUGCGGCAGUAUUGUUGGACUCCUUUGGGUAAAAUGUUUCAAGGCAAUCCGUGCAGCCAGGCUUGAAAGGUCUUUCUUUUUUCCCCGCGAAUAUCCGUUUAAAGGAAGGCAAUAAAAAUGAAAAAGAACACCAGUAUUUUACAUCUACUCCGGCUCACAUAAACAGCCUGGAUCACUUCUCCAGUUUCAGAUCCCUCCCCUGCACCCACCCAUCCUCACAGAUUCGCACACAGACGCACAGGAAUAUCUGACAAAUUCAGGGUUUUUAAAAAAAAAAAAGCGCUUGUUAAGGGCGCACUUUUAAGAUGACAAACUUCAAUCAAUUUGGUCUUCAGUUAUGCAAGAUUUCAAAGUGUGAAGAUUGUUUUGGAGCUUUUUUAAUUUCAUUUCAUAGUAUUAUAUAAUAAUAUUACUAUUGCUGUUAUUAAUGGUAUUGUUAUUUAGUUGCAUUAGCUGUAAGUAUCUUACAGUGAGCUUCAGUGUACCCAACCACUGUCCUUAGUGGCUUGUGAUUCACCAGCCCCAUAAAAUUGUCAUAUCUUUCCUCUCCACUGUGCGUUACUCUCCCGAUUCGCCACAACUUUCUGUCUGGAUGAGAGUAAAGUCCUUUUGAGCUCUUGUUUUUAACCCACAGUGAAAAUCUGUCAGUUAAGUUUUAGUUAAAAGUGUGUUUUAUUUUUACAUGGCUGCUGAAUUUUUGUCUGCAGGAUCAGCACAAUGGAGAAUUGGCCUAUUUUUUUUUUUGUUUGUUUUUUUUCUUUUUCCCUUGAAGUUAAAGCUAACAAAAGGUCUAUGAGGUUGUUACAUGUUUGGUAGGAUCUUUCUGUUGGUUUGUCUGUUUAGUACCUUGAAAACAAAUGUUGAUUCCUGUUUCAACCAUCGCAAACAAGUUUUUCUUUCUUCAGCUUUUAUAGCAAUGAUUACCACCAAACUCAAGCAAGUCAUAGUUCAAGUAUGUAGUCAGUGUUUAACUCAGUCAAUCUGUGUGCUACACAUGUUUUUAAGAGGCACAUUUAUUUGAUUCGGUCAGGUCUCUUCAAAGAUUUAGUUUUGUAACGUUACUUUUUCCCCUGUUUUGUGGGCCUUUCAGAAUGCAUCAGUAGGUCUAUGUAUUUUGUUUGAAAGCGUGGAGUCAUUCACCCCUUAUAAAACGUCCUUCCCUGUAAAAUUUUAAUUCGCUAAACGCAAAGAAGUGUCCUGCUUACAGUCUGUUGCAGUGUAGAUGGGUGGAAGGUAUAUAUAAAUUCGCAGGUUUGUGACACUGCAGACAGCAGGAUGUACGUAUAUGGCCCUUGUGUUGUGUCUCUGUUUUUCAUAUGGCUAUCGCCGUCCAAAGUUUAACUUUUAUUUUGAACUUUUAACUAGUAAAAGACUCUUUUAUUUAGUUUCCUCCCAAACAGGAAAAUGUGUAAGAUAUUUCUUGUUGCAAUGAAAGCCUUUCAGUACAAACCAACUCUCUUUACUACAGGACAAAAAGAUGAAAGGAAAAAAAAAUCAAAGAAGUACAUGUAAAUAUUGUAGAGGUGUUUGUUUCUCGUAGAAACACACUGAUUUCAAGCUGUAAAUAUGUUGUUCCUUUUCCUCUCUCCAUGAGGAGGAAACAUGUACAUACCUUCCAUUCAUUUAUUUUUUAUUGUUUUUCCUUUUAAUUUGAUGAUUAUUUUAAUAUUAUUUGCAAUAUUUCUCUUGUAUUAAUGCGUUGGACCCUUUAUUAAUGGUGCAUUAAAAUAUUUUUUAAAC